AGAGGAAUUCAGAGCGUUCAAGGCGCUUUCCCCGGACCAUUCGUUCAAUUGCCGGCUGAUCUUGUACUGCUAUGGCCAAUACUGCCAAGUACCGCCCGGGGUAUUCAUGGGUGAGUUAGCUCGAAAGACUCUGGGAAACUUACCACCCUUGAACGGGUCACUCCGAGUUGGACACCCUUCCCCAGUGAGGCUGCAUCACGAAGCUUACCUUGUGCAGUCCCAAGGUGUGUCACUGUGCCGGUGUCUCACAUUGUCUUGCCGGUUUUCUGCAAGUAAUGGGGGACACCUGCAGGGCAUCGUCGGUCUCGCCCGGGGUAAAGUAAAAUGUCUCGGGGUCAGUGUCGGUGCGGUGCCCGUAUGGUUGGCGGGAUUGGCAGAUGACCCGGUCUUUCGCACUGCCGCUUCGACAAGGUUUGGAGUCUUUGGACCCACGUACAGUGUACCACCGCCAGCAUAUACACCGCAUCGUGAAUUGGUGAUCGAGAUGAGAGGUUGCAGGAAGCUGGGGACUGGGGAGCACUUGCCUCGUAAGAUCAAUAACCGCCAGCCAGGCGAGCCAGGGCAGAUCGAGCGGGUCCGACUGCCAAAUAGUAUCAAGAGCGGUCCGAAGAUCUCACGCCCAGAUCCGGACAGUGAAAAAGGAAGACCCCAACCUGCACUCAGACGAAACGCUCCAGAUAGUGUGACCCAAAAUAAGGCAAAACAAAAACGACAAACAACAGGACGGCUAUAGAAGCUGCAUGGAACCGGUUGAAACAAACGGAGGAUCGCAGAGCAGGCGGACGCC